AUGAAUACCAUUCUCAUUGCAUUCCUUCUAGCUGUUGGAGUUUUUGCCGCUGAUGUGCAAACACAAACCAAGGAUGCCUUCAUUCUUGCCAACAAGAGCCCUCUUUCGUUGUAUGCCGUCGAAAAUAUGGAUUUGAUUAUUGAGUAUGGAAUUUACAACGUUGGAGACAAGCCAGCAACCAAAGUCACAUUGGAUGAUCGUCACUCAUUCCCAACCCAAUCCUUCGACAUCAUCCAAGGAGUCCUUCAAGUGACAUUCGAAAAGAUCCCAGCUCAAUCCAACGUUACGCAUUCCGUUGUUGUCAAGCCAAGAGCCUUCGGAAUGUUCAACUACACCUCCGCUCAACUUAGCUACUACAACGGAAACGAUCAACUCCACAUUUCCUACACAAACGCUCCUGGAGAAGGAUACAUCUACCGUCAACGUGAGUAUGACAGAAAAUUCGCUCCAAAGUACACUUACUUCAUUAUUUUCUUCGUGUUGAUUGCUCCAACCACCCUUGGAUCUUAUCUUUUGUUCGAACAAUCUAAGGCUAAGUACGAGUUGAUCGGAAAGAAGAAGGCUUAA